AUGGCACAGAGUGGAAACGGAGCAGCAUGUGAGAGUGAUGUUACAUCACUUGGUACCGGACAAGAGCUGAAUGUUGAUGAUGACACAGUGAAAGGUAAAGAUUCUUACAACUGUCAAUAGUGUAUCACUAAAAGGCAUUUAAUAUAGCAAACUAAGGGGAAAUGAAAUAAAAUAUACAAAAAAGACAACAAACCGUCCCUUGAAAGCAUUCAACAAUGGAAAUGGUUAGAGAAUCAAAGUCGUUAAACAUUAUCUCUACUGAAGGUAUCUUGAUUAGGCUUUUCCUAGAAUUUGUGGUCGAGUUUAGCAAGUGUGGCGAAAUGAAUGGCUGUUUUGGUACUAGUGCUUUAUAUACAAGUGAAGAUAAUGUCAAUUUACAGCUUUAUACUGAUUUUUCCAGAUCAAACCAUUAUGGCACAUAGUGGAAACGCAGCAGCAAGUGAGGGUGAUGUUACAUCACUUGGUACCGGACAAGAGCUGAACUUUGAUGAUGACACACUGAAAGGUAACGAUUCUUACAACUGUUAAUAGUGUAUUACCAAAAGGCCUUUAACAUGAGAAAUUUAAUGAGAAAUGAAAUAAAAGAUACAGAAAAAAAGGUCAUUUGAUAACAUUCAACAUUUGAUACAUAAAGACUGAAAGUCAUUAAAAAUUAUCUCCACUGAAGGUGUUUUUUAUUUUUUAUCUACAGAUUAAACUUUUUCUAAAAUUUGUGGUCGAUGAAUUCCUUUUUCCUUGCGAAUUAACCGUUACAUAUAGCCCUGCAUCUGUCUCGGGGACGGGAGAGUAUAGUAGAGUUUUACAUUUCUAGCGCCUUACAUUGAGAAAAUUCGCGGUAUUACUGUAUUUGGCAAAUUUUCAUGCGGUACUUAUGUCAUUGUGGUCUUUAAUUCUAAUAUUGUGGUACGUCUAAACAUGCGGAAUCUUUUUUUGAUUGGCGCGUAAUUUUUAGCAUGGUUUUGUCGAAUUCGUCGAUUUUUCUUUGCGGUGUUACGGUGUUCCGUAUACCCCUAGCAACUCGUCAAUCUUAUUUUUUGCGCAUGCGUAUACUUCUGCUACAAGACCGGCUUUGAUAGUGUGAUAAUAGCUGUGGUCACACUACAGACUUUUUACCUAGGUAAAUUCGACUUGUUGACAGUUUACCUAGGGAAACUUGAUUUUUAAAGUGUGACCGAUUUUUCCCUAGGUAACUUACCUCGGUGAAAUUUUAUCGUCUGGGUCUUGGAUAUGUCUCGAGAACAAAAGAGUUUCCCUUGACAGCUACCCCAAAGCGAUAGAUAGGGAAACAUGAAAUACCGAGGUUGCUAGCCAAUAGACUCUCAUCGGCGAAAGUCUUGAUGACAGAACCCGGACAUAGCUCACGCGGUGAAAGAAAUUUUGGGGGCACGAUUCGUCUACGUCUUCGCCUUUCUUCACCUUGCAUGUUGAAUUAGCGUAAGAAAUAACAGUGAGAGAAAAGAAAAAAACGUCUCUUUGAUCAGUUAGAUCCCUGCGCAUCUUGCCUUCUGAAAUUUACACUCCAAAAAAUUCAACUGGCGUGAAAACCUUUGUAGCCGAUAUCAGUAGUGUGACCUUCCCAGAAUUUUUCAUCUAGUUAAAACAAAACCCGAGAUGAAUUUACCUCGGGAGAUUUUUAAUGAAUUUGCCAUAGGUAAAUCACUUUUACCUAGGUAAAAGUCGGUAGUGUGACCACAGCUAAUGUGCCCAGUUGCGGUUUUCGAAAGGUUUACCAAACAAUAUUUCCAUGAUGAUUUGUCAUGCGUUUGAACCCAUCAACACAAACAAUUAGUAACGCAUUUAUAUUAACGGAUGCUGAAAUCCUAUGGUGCAACCACAGCACCUUCACAUUGUACCAUUUAUUAUUAUAAAUAUUAUAACUAUUAUGUUAUUAUUAUUAUUAUUAUUAUUAUUAUUAUUAUUAUUAUUAUUAUUUGAAAAGGUUAUUUUAAGGUUAAUUCAAUCUUAGUUUUUGUAGUUUUGAAACUAAAAAAAGUGUUGUUGUUGAUGUGGUCAUAGCAGCCAAACAUCUGUAAGUAGGAAUCCGAAUUUAUAUACUUAACAGUGUUUUUAUCACGAAUUUUCAUCAACAAAGUAUUACCAAUAACAAAAGCUGUUGCAAAUUAUGACGAUUAUCCCCUUAAGUUCUAUAAAGCUAAAAGUAAACUUUACCGAAUUUCACUUGCACCAAAAAGAAACAGUAUGCUUAUAAGGAUAAUUCCUGCAAUUGACUCCUGAAUCUGUAUUCAAAUAUGAUUCUAUCACGUCUUACUGAAGUGGUACUGUAACUCGCUGCUGCUACUAAGUCGAUUAACUAACGUAACAAAAAAAAAUGCAAAACACGUCGCUCUGAGUCUGAAACUGAAUCAGUCACCGAGAUUGUCGAAAAGUGAGUUGACGAUGCUUGGCUACUAUGGUGGCCUGAGCGACUGGGCUACUGAAUACGAAAACGCAGUUUCAUGUCUUGAUUGAAAGCACAAUAGAAAACUCAAUCAGAUUACGUGUACUUUCACGUUGUUUGAAAAGUACUUCACCACCCAUUUCAUGACUGCGUGCUACAGAAUUUUAAUUGAUUUGUUCAGUAAAUAAAAGUUUUAUACCAAUGUGAGUUUACCACUUGUGGCAAAAUGAAUGGUUGUUUUGGUAACAGUGCUUAUGCAAUUGAAGUUAAUAUUAAUUUAAAGCUUUUUACCGAUUUUUCUAGAUCAAACCAUAAUGGCACAGAGUGGAAACGGAGCAGAAUGUGAGAGUGAUGUUACCUCACUUGGUACCGGACAAGAGCUGAAUUUUGGUGAUGACACACUGAAAGGUAAAGAUUCUUACAACUGUGAAUAGUGUAUCACCAAAAGGCAUUUAACAUAGAAAACUAAAGGGAAAUGAAAUAAGAUAUACAAAAAAGACAACAAACCGUUUUUUGAAAUCAUUCAACAUACGGAAGUGGUUAGAGAGUCAAAGUCGUUAAACAUUAUAUCUACUGAAGGUAUCUUGAUUAGGCUUUUCCUAGAAUUUGUGGACGAGUUUAGCACGUGUGGCGAAAGGAAUGGCUGCUUUGGUACUAGUGCUUUAUAUGGAAAUGAAGAUAAUAUCAAUUUAAAGCUUUUUACUGAUUUUUCCAGAUCAAACCAUUAUAGCACAGAGUGGAAACGCAGCAGCAAGUGAGGGUGAUGUUACAUCACUUGGUACCGGACAAGAGCUGAACUUUGAUGAUGACAAACUGAAAGGUAAAGAUUCUGACAACUGUUAAUAGUGUAUCACCAAAAGGCCUUUAACAUAGAAAUUUAAGGAGAGAUGAAAUAAAAGAUACAGAUAGGAAAAAAACCGUCAUUUGAUAACAUUCAACACACAUAAAGACUAAAAGAAGUUAAACAUUAUCUCCACUGAAGGUGUUUUUUAACAAAAAAAACUGCAAAAGACGUCGCUCUGAAUCUGAAACUGAAUCAGCCACCGAGAUUGUCGAAAAGUGAGUUGACAAUACUUGGCUACAAUGGUGGCCUGAGCGACUGGGCUACUGAAUACGAAAACGCAGUUUUAUAUCUUGAUUGAAAGAACAAUGGAAAACUCAAUCAGAUUACGUGUACUGUCCCGUUGUUUGAAAAGUACUUCACCACGCUUUUUAUGACUGCCUGCUACAGAAUUUUAAUUGAUUUGUUCAGUCAAUAAAAGUUUUAUACCAAUGUGAGUCUACCACUUGUGGCAAAAUGACUGGUUGUUUUGGUAACAGUGCUUAUGCAAGUGAAGUUAAUAAUAAUUUAAAGCUUUUCACCGAUUUUUCCAGAUCAAACCAUAAUGGCACAGAGUAGAAACGGAGCAGAAUUUGAGAGUGAUGUUAUAUCACUUGGUACCGGACAAAAGCUGAAUUUUGGUGAUGACACACUGAAAGGUAAAGAUUCUUACAACUGUGAAUAGUGUAUCACCAAAAGGCAUUUAAUAUAGCAAACUAAGGGGAAGUGAAAUAAAAUAUACAAAAAAGACAACAAACCGUCCUUUGAAAACAUUCAACAUACGGAAGUGUUUAAAGAGUCAAAGUCGUUAAACAUUAUCUCUACUGAAGGUGCUUUUUUCAUUUUUUAUCUAGAUUAGGCUUUUCCUAGAAUCAGUUGUGGUCGAGUUUACCACUUGUGGCAAAAUGAAUGGCUGUUUUGGUAGUAGUGCUUUAUAUACAAGUGAAGAUAAUGUCAAUUUACAGCUUUAUACUCAUUUUUCCAGAUCAAACCAUUAUGGCACAGAGUGGAAACGCAGCAGCAAGUGAGGGUGAUGUUACAUCACUUGGUACCGGACAAGAGCUGAACUUUGAUGAUGACACACUGAAAGGUAAAGAUAUCUUACAACUGUUAAUAGUGUAUUACCAAACGACCUUUAAUAUAGCAAAAUAAGGAGAAAUGAAAUGAAAUUUACCAAAAAGACAAAAAACAUUCAACAUACGGAAGUGGUUAAAGAGUCAAAGUCGUUAAACAGUAUCUCUACUGGAGGUGGUAUUUUAACUUUUUAUCUAGAUUAGGCUUUUCGUAGAAUUUGUGGUCGAGUUUACCACUUGUGGCGAAAUGAAUGGCUGUUUUGGUACUAAUGAUUUAUAUACAAGUGAAGAUAAUGUCAAUUUACAGCUUUAUACUGAUUUUUCCAGAUCAAACCAUUAUGGCAGAGAGUGGAAACGCAGCAGCAAGUGAGGGUGAUGUUACAUCACUUGGUACCGGACAAGAGCUGAACUUUGAUGAUGACACACUGAAAGGUAAAGAUUCUUACAACUGUUAAUAGUGUAUUACCAAAAGGCCUUUAACAUGAGAAAUUUAAUGAGAAAUGAAAUAAAAGAUGCAGAAAAAAAAGGUCAUUUGAUAACAUUCAACAUUUGAUACAUAAAGACUGAAAGUCAUUAAAAAUUAUCUCCACUGAAGGUGUUUUUUAUUUUUUAUCUACAGAUUAAACUUUUUCUAAAAUUUGUGGUCGAUCAAUUCCUUUUUCCUUGCGGAUUAACCGUUACAUAUACCCCUGUAUCUGUCUCGGGGACGGGAGAGUAUAGUAGAGUUUUACAUUUCUAGCGCCUUACAUUGAGAAAAUUCGCGGUAUUAUUGUAUUUGGCAAAUUUUCAUGCGGCACUUAUGUAAUUGUUGUCUUUAAUUCUAAUAUUGUGGUAUGUCUAACCAUGCGGAAUUUUUUUUUGAUUGGCUCGUGAUUUUUAGCAUGGCUUUGUCGAAUUCGUCGAUUUUUCUUUGCGGUGUUACGGUGUUCCGUAUACCCCUAGCAACUCUUCAAUCUUAAUUUUUGCGCAUGCGUAUACUUCUGCUACAAGACCGGCUUUAAUAGUGUGAUAUUGUGCCCAGUUGCGGUUUUAGAAAGGUUUACCAAACAAUGUUUCCAUGGUAAUUUGUGAUGCGUUUAAACCCAUCAACAGAGACAAUUAGUAAGGCAUUUAUAUUAACAGAUGCUGAAAUCCUGUGGUGCAACCACAGCACCUGCACAUUGUACCAUUUAUUAUUAUAAAUACAAUAACUAUUAUGUUAUUAUUAUUAUUAUUAUUAUUAUUUUUAUUAUCAUUAUUCUUAGACAUGAUGAAUGACAUUGGCAUCGACAAAAAGCAGCAACGUUAUAUAAUCAAGAAAAUGAUAAAUAUAGCCAUUAGAGCAACAUAUUACAUCUUUUGUUGUAGAAAUAGGAACCGGGAUAGCCCAGGCUUAAUGCAAUUUUGAAUUUUUUUUUUUUUUGUUUUGUUUUGUUUUUGUUUUUGUUUUUUUUUUCUUUUUAAUAAUCCAAUCUCAAGCAGCAUUUUUAAAUCGCCUAUACGUAGCGAGAUUUACAAUUGUACAUUCAAAAACACAAAUAAAGUUUCCGUUAUUAUUAUUAUAAUUUUAAAAGGUUAUUUUAGGGUUAAUCCAAUCUUAGUUUUUGUAGUUUUGAAACUAAAAAAAGUGUUGUUGUUGAUGUGGUCAUAGCAGCCAAACAUCUGUAAGUAGGAAUCCGAAUUUAUAUACUUAACAGUGUUUUUAUCACGAAUUUUCAUCAACAAAGUAUUACCAAUAACGAAAGCUGUUGCAAAUGAUGACGAUUAUCCCCUUAAGUUCUAUAAAGCUAAAAGUAAACUUUACCGAAUUUCGCUUGUACCAAAAAGAAACAGUAUGUUUAUAAGGAUUAUUGCUGUUAUUGACUCCUGAUUCUGUUUUCAAAUAUGGUUCUGUCACAUCUUACUGAAGUGGUACUGUAACUCUCUGCUGCUAGUAAGUCGAUUGACUAACGUAACAAAAAAACUGCAAAAACGUCGCUCUGAAUCUGAAACUGAAUCAGCCACCGAGAUUGUCGAAAAGUGAGUUGACAAUGCUUGGCUACUAUGGUGACCUGAGCGACUGGGCUACCGAAUACGAAAACGCAGUUUCAUGUCUUGUUUGAAAGCACAACUCAAUCAGAUUACGUGUACUGUCCCGUUGUUUGAAAAGUACUUCACCACGCAUUUCAUGACAGCCUGCUGCAGAAUUUUAAUUGGUUUGUUCAGUCAAUAAAAGCUUUAUACAAAUGUGAGUUUUGUUUUGGUAACAGUGCUUAUGCAAGUAAAGUUAAUAUUAAUUUAAAGCUUUUCUCCGAUUUUUCCAGAUCAAACCAUGAUGGUACAGAGUGGAAACGGAGCAGAAUUUGAGAGUGAUGUUACAUCACUUGGUACCGGACAAGAGCUGAAUUUUGGUGAUGACACACUGAAAGGUAAAGAUUCUUACAACUGUUAAUAGUGUAUCACCAAAAGGCAUUUAAUAUAGCAAACUAAAGGGAAAUGAAAUAAAAUAUACAAAAAAGACAACAAACCGUCCUUUGAAAACAUUCAACAUACGGAAGUGUUUAAAGAGUCAAAGUCGUUAAACAUUAUCUCUACUGAAGGUAUCCUGAUUAGGCUUUUCCUAGAAUUUGUGGACGAGUUUAGCACUUUUGGCGAAAUGAAUGGCUGCUUUGGUACUAGUGCUUUAUAUACAAGUGAAGAUAAUGUCAAUUUACAGCUUUAUACUGAUUUUUCCAGAUCAAACCAUUAUGGCACAGAGUGGAAACGCAGCAGCAAGUGAGGGUGAUGUUACAUUACUUGGUACCGGAAAAAAGCUGAAUUUUGAUGAUGACAAACUGAAAGGUAAGGAUUCUGACAACUGUUAA